AUGGGCUCGAUCCGUCGGUGCUUUCAACCCACCCAUCCACCCCACGACUCGCAUCCACCACCCGUCUCCACCUCGAUCAGCAUGAGCGGCUACGACAACGACAACAGCUACGGCAGCGGCCGGGGCGACAACAACGACUCCUACGGCGGACGCGGUGGCGGCGGCGGAGGAGGAGGAGGGUACGGCCAAGGCUCGACGGGCGGCGGCGACUUCCGCGACGACGAGGCCCUGAACAACUCGAGCUCCAACUCGUACGGCUCGUCGAACGCCGACAGCUACGGGUCCUCGAACCGCGACCGCGACGGCAGCAGCAACUCGUACGGCUCGUCGAACAACAACAACAACAACGACUCGUACGGAUCGUCGAACAACAACAACAACAGCGACUCGUACGGCUCAUCGAACAACAACAAUAACGACUCGUACGGCUCGUCGAACAACAACAACAACGACUCGUACGGCUCGUCGAACAACAACAAAAACGACUCGUACGGAUCGUCGAACAACGAUUCGUAUGGCUCGUCCAACAACACCAACGAUUCUUACGGGUCGUCCAACAACAACAACAACAGCAACACGUCGUCGUACGGCGCGUCCAACAACAGCAGCGACAACAACAACAACAACAACACAUCCUCCUACGGCGCAUCCAACACCUCUUCCAACAACCAGAGCAGCGGCAAGCAGGACUGGGUCGACAAGGGUAUCUCGUUCGCCGCCCAGAAGGCCGGCUACAACCUCGACCCGAACACGGCGGACAAGAUCGGCGACGCGCUCGAGUCGCAGUUUAGCAAGUUCCGGUGA